CAUCCUUACACGUCAUGACUCACCUGCUCAUGGUCAAGAUCAUUCUACUGGUAGCGCUUGCAGGAUCUUCCCUUCAGCAGGCUACCAGGGCCCCUUUAGUACCUCAGUGGUCAACCAAGGGGUAUCCAGGGUUUCCAGGAUACCAGGGUACAGGCCAGGGGUUCCGCCAGGGGUACAGGGGGGUUCAAGGGUACCCGAGUGAUGGCAGGUAUGGGUUCGAGAUUGUGGACGCCCCUGAUAGAUACGGAUAUGUAUCCAACUAUCCUGGAGGAAGGACUAGCUUCUUCCUGCUAGGACCUAACAGAGGACCUGGACAACAGAGCUACAGGGGCUCGACCAUGGCAGACAGAGGAGGUCCUCAGAUGUCUUCCUACAGACCCACCAAUCUUGGCUCUGGGGGUUGGCGACAGCCCGGGAGUUGGUAGACACUGCCCUGCCUUAUGAAUCCUAUCUUCUGUUUCCACUUUUACAUCAAUAAAAACUCUUUUUUUUAUUUUUCGU